CGGCGCUCAGGCUCCCUGUCAGCAUUUCUGCUCUGAGCUGUCUUGAGUGCAGUCAUGUCUGGCAGAGGUAAGGGCGGUAAAGGGCUGGGUAAAGGCGGCGCCAAGCGCCACCGCAAAGUGCUGCGCGACAACAUCCAGGGCAUCACCAAGCCCGCCAUCCGCCGCCUGGCCCGGCGCGGAGGAGUGAAGCGCAUCUCCGGCCUCAUCUACGAGGAGACCCGCGGUGUGCUGAAGGUGUUCCUGGAGAACGUGAUCCGCGACGCCGUCACCUACACGGAGCACGCCAAGCGCAAGACCGUCACCGCCAUGGACGUGGUCUACGCGCUCAAGCGCCAGGGCCGCACACUCUACGGCUUCGGCGGUUAAGUCUUUGUCCCUUUUCUUCUACAAAAGGCCCUUUUCAGGGCCACCC